UUAAGAUCCAAACCAAUUCCAAAUUAUGUCCAUUGCAUAAAAAUUCUUGUCAAGCCUCUCAUUGUUUCCCCCUUUUGAUCCAAAAAAAUAAAAAGCAAUGGCUGACAAUGAAAUCAAAAACAUGAUAUCUGAUCUAACGAAACGCCUAGGCAGCCUUAAAAAUGAUCGUAAUAAGGCUGCACUAGGGUACUCGAGCCAGAGUGAUGACGAUGAUCAUGGCACAAAAAUCAUCACUCUGGCUGGAACCAACGUGGGAGCCAGUAUGCGCGGUGACAUGGAGGAGAAACUUGGCAUUGAGGGCGAUUCAACGGAGGAAAAUGAAGUGUUGAAAACUGAUAAUAUAGAACAUCACGAGACGCCACCACGAGAACAUGGAAAGAAGAAAGGCAACAAACACUAUUCAGAAACAUAA